GGAAGAGCUAGCCGCCCAAAGUCAAAUAAAGACGUGAAUAAGUUUAAAAACCCGUCAUUUAACCCAUUAAAACACGCAGUAUGGACACGAACAGACCCGCACACACUGAAGCUGGAGACUCCACCGCGGCCGACGAGGAAGCCAAAAAAGCCGCAGCAGCCGCCGCCGCCAAGCUCGCCAACCGCCUCCCAGAGAUCCGCCUGGUUGUCCUCGGCUGGCGUUGGCCCGGAAAGAGCCUGACAGGAAACACCAUCAUCGGCCGGGAGGAGUUCCGCCUUGAGCGAGCCGCCGAGUUCUGCGUUAAACGUCAGACGGAGGUGCUGGAGCGGCAGGUGACGGUGGUCGAUACCCCCGGUUGGUUCUCCACCCAAGACACGCCUCCGUCCUACAAGCAGGAGCUGGUCAGAGGAGCCUCGCUGUGUCCUCCGGGUCCGCACGCCUUCCUCCUCGUCAUCCCCGUCGGCAUGUUCACCGAGGUGGACCGAGCCCGCAUCGAGGAGCACGUGAGCCUGUUCGGGGAGCGGGUGUGGAGGCAUACGAUCGUGGUGUUCACGUGGGCGGAGGUGCUGAGGAACAUUUCCAUCGAGAGGUACAUCCGCCGAGAGGGGAAGGAUCUGAAGUGGGUGCUGGAGAAGUGCAAGAGGAGGUACUUCGUCAUCAAUAACUGCAUAUUCGGGGAGCAUCCGCAGGUAGGACGCUUACUGGAGAAGGUGGAGAAGAUGGUGGCGGAGGAAGGAGGGAUUUAUAACCCGGAGGAAGUGGAAGAGAAGAAAGAGGAAGAGAAGAAGGAAGAGGAGAGGAAGCCGCUGGAUGAGAAUCAGAAUCCAGCCAGAGAGGGGAGAGAGCUCGGAGCGAGACCCAAACAGAACUCGGGGCUGAAUCUGUCCAAAGCCAUGGAGGUGGAGUCGCUUUCCAAUUAACGAGACUUUCGUGGCUGUUUGACUGUCGGAGCGUCACUGUGCUGAUGGAGAAGCUGCUUUAAUGACAAAAAGCAGAAGAAGAAGAAGAAGAAGAAGAGAAGAAGAGAAGAGGGUAAUUAACUGAGAUGUUACAGAACGGACAAAUAAGUGUGAUUCGUUUUAUUUAUUUUAUUAAAUGUUUCUGUGUGUUUUCAGUCGCUACGACGACACGAGGGGCCUUUUUUUCUUUUCUUUUAUUUCUUCACGCUGUCCAAAGAUUUAUACCCCCCCCA